AUCAUGACUGGUAUCUUGUGGGUCUCCCUGGCUGCGUUCCUCCUGCUGCCUAUGGCCACUGCCAUGCACUCAGAUUGCAUUUUCAAGAAGGAGCAAGCCAUGUGCUUGGAGAAGAUCCAGAGAGCCAAUGACCUGCUGGGCCUGAAUGAUUCUUUCCCAGGCUGCCCUGGGAUGUGGGACAACAUCACGUGUUGGAAGCCCGCGCAUGUGGGUGAGAUGGUCCUGGUCAGCUGCCCUGAGCUCUUCCGCAUCUUCAAUCCUGACCAAGUCUGGGAGACAGAAACCAUUGGAGAGCUUGGUUUUGCUGAGAGUAACUCCUUGGAUCUUGCAGACAUGGGGGUGGUGAGCCGGAACUGCACAGAGGAUGGGUGGUCUGAGCCCUUCCCUCAUUACUUCGAUGCUUGUGGGUUUGAUGAGUACGAAUCUGAGCCUGGGGACCAGGAUUACUACUACUUGUCGGUGAAGGCCCUCUACACGGUUGGCUACAGCACUUCCCUUGUCACCCUAACCACUGCCAUGGUCAUCCUGUGUCGCUUCCGGAAACUGCACUGCACCCGGAAUUUCAUCCACAUGAAUCUGUUCGUGUCCUUCAUGCUGAGGGCCAUCUCUGUUUUCAUCAAAGACUGGAUUCUCUAUGCCGAACAAGACAGCAACCAUUGCUUCAUCUCCACUGUAGAAUGCAAGGCCGUCAUGGUUUUCUUCCACUACUGCGUUGUGUCCAACUACUUCUGGCUGUUCAUCGAGGGCCUGUACCUCUUCACCCUGCUGGUGGAGACCUUUUUCCCCGAGAGGAGAUACUUCUACUGGUACAUCAUCAUCGGCUGGGGAACCCCAACUGUAUGUGUGACGGUGUGGGCUACCCUGAGGCUCUACCUGGAUGACACAGGUUGCUGGGAUAUGAAUGACAGCACGGCCCUCUGGUGGGUGAUCAAAGGCCCUGUGGUUGGUUCCAUAAUGGUGAACUUUGUGCUUUUUAUUGGUAUCAUCAUCAUCCUGGUGCAGAAACUUCAGUCUCCAGACAUGGGCGGGAACGAAUCCAGCAUCUACUUGCGGCUGGCCCGGUCCACGCUGCUGCUUAUACCGCUGUUUGGGAUCCAUUACACGGUGUUUGCCUUCUCACCAGAGAAUGUCAGCAAGAGGGAGAGACUCGUGUUUGAACUGGGCCUGGGCUCCUUUCAGGGCUUUGUGGUGGCUGUGCUCUACUGUUUCCUGAAUGGGGAGGUGCAAGCGGAGAUCAAGCGGAAGUGGCGGAGCUGGAAGGUGAACCGCUACUUCACUGUGGACUUUAAGCACCGGCACCCAUCCUUGGCCAGCAGUGGCAUGAACGGGGGCACCCAGCUCUCCAUCCUCAGCAAGAGCAGCUCCCAGCUUCGCAUGUCCAGCCUCCCAGCUGACAACCUGGCCACCUGAGCCACCCUCCCUGCCUCCUCUUCACACACAGGCUGGGGCUGUGGGCAAGUGGGGCCCACGCAUGUUCGCGCCUCUUUCCUCUCCUUUUGGGCAGGUCCUGGGCUGGAAGCUGGGUCCACAUUCCCCCACACCACCACCACCCAAGGCAGGGAGAAGGAGGUGGGGCACAGACUGAAGCUGGCCCUCCCAAUUUGGUAUUAGCCCCACCUACCACGUCCCCUGGGUCAUGACCCGGACAUGUAAAUAGUAUCCCUUGAAAUUUGGAAAGGUGCCCAUCCC